AUGCCGGGUCAGAAGUGGGUAAGAAUCUUCUUGAAAGGCCACAAAAAUGUCCUGACGGUGCGUUCUACAAAUAAUAUUAAAGAAUCCCGAGCCAGUAAGAAUGUAAAGGACUACAAUACAUAUUUUGAAAAUUUGAAGAUUUCAUUGCAUAAUGUCAAACCAGAUCAUAUAGUGAACUAUGAUGAGACCAACUUUUCCGAUAACCCAGGAUCUCAAAAAUGCAUAUUUAAAUCAGCACCAGAUACAACUCUUAGUAACGCAAAAAGACUCAAUCCUAAGAAGAAUAUCAUCCCCAAACAAAUCCAAUUACAGGAAGACGUGAAAGAAACACAUUCAACUAUUGCAGAUUCUUUGAUUAUGUAUAAUCAAAGUGUGGGUUAUACUUUUGACAAUGUCUCAUUACACGUUAGACGAGAUUCGUCAUCCGAUGCUGACAAUAACCAACUUAUGACUAAUUUGAUAGUAAAUGCUGAAAUACAUCAAAAACAUGGAGAUAUGGAAUUAUCUGACCAGAAAAAUACCAAAAGUAUUUACAACAUUCAACCAGGUGUUAUUGUGAAUGUUGAUAAAAAAUUAUGUUUAUCAAAUGACCGGACUUUAUUCAAAAAUAUUUCUAACUUUGGUGCAACUACAUCAAAUGAAACUAUGACGAAAAGCCGAAUUCUCUCCAAUGUAAUUAUAAAAUCCCCAGAUAGAAUCUCAUUUGAUGAUAGUGUUUCAGAUGACUAUACUAAGCAUGAAAAGGUGUUUCCAAAAAGUAGGAGCAAUCAAGGUUCGAGUUCAGAAAGCUCAGGAAUAUAUACUGUGCAUGAUUCGUCUUGUGAUGAACAUUUUCUUCCAUCUUUAAGUGACACAGAAACGUACAUAGACGAAAUGUAUGAAGAAUUGGAACAAAAUAUUGAUAAAGAAAAUGAUAUGUAUGAAAUAGGUAUUGAUAAAUAUGUUCUUGUUAAAUUUUCAACAUCAAAGUUGGCUAAAUAUUAUAUUGGUCUAGUAAUCAAGUACAACGAUUUGGAGCGCGUAUAUACUAUAAAAUACUUAAGAAAAAAUUCAAAAGGUACAUUUUACUGGCCACUAGUAGAUGAUGUCUCAGAAAUAACUUUACUUGAUGUAGAAAAAACGUUGCCAAAUCCACAAGUUGGACGUAGAGGGACAUUAAAGUUUGAUUUAGAUAAUUUAGGCGUUCCUUUGUCAAACAUUUAUUGA